UGCGCAGGCGCGUGACGGGGCCCCGCCCCCAUGCGCCGGGAGAGUGGCGGGCCACGUUCCAAGUUCGGGUGCGCCGGUGACCCCAGCCCCUGCCGCCGCGGGGCGCCGUGGGAGAGCGGCGGGGUCGCAGGAUCUUGGUCCCUUUCCAAGCACUCCUGAUGCGUCAUUUGCCUCUAGCGUUUUUUCGACCGCCACUUUGGGGGCUUAGGCCCUCACGGGGCCUCCCCAGGUCCCGUCCUCUUUCUACACAGUCAGAGCCCCAUGGAUUUCCCAUCUCUCGGAAGAAUCGUGAAGCCAAACAGAAGCGCCUGCGGGAGAAGCAGGCGGCGCUGGAGGCUGGGAUAGCUGGGAAGAGCAAGUCACCUGCGGAGUCCAAUAAAACCUGGAGUCCUAAGGAGGUAGUAUUGUAUGAAAUCCCCACGAAACCUGGUGAAAAGAAAGAUGUCUCUGGGUGCCUGCCUCCUGCCUACAGCCCCCAAUAUGUUGAGGCUGCCUGGUACCAGUGGUGGGUGCAAGAGGGCUUCUUCAAACCAGAAUAUCAGGCCCAGCUGCCCCAGGCCACAGGGGAGACGUUUUCCAUGUGUAUCCCACCUCCCAAUGUCACUGGCUCCCUGCACAUUGGCCACGCACUCACAGUGGCUAUACAGGACGCCCUUGUGCGCUGGCACCGGAUGCGUGGGGAUCAAGUGCUGUGGGUUCCGGGCUCAGAUCAUGCAGGGAUUGCGACACAAGCUGUGGUGGAAAAACAGCUAUGGAAGGAGCGGGGAGUGAGGAGACAUGAGCUGAGCCGGGAGGACUUCCUUAGGGAGGUGUGGCAGUGGAAGGAGGCGAAAGGUGGAGAGAUCUGUGAGCAGCUGCGAGCUCUGGGCGCCUCCCUGGACUGGGACCGAGAGUGUUUCACCAUGGAUGCUGGCUCCUCAACAGCCGUGACCGAAGCUUUUGUGCGACUCUACGAGGCUGGGUUAUUGUACCGAAACCGUCAGCUUGUCAACUGGUCAUGCGCUUUAAGAUCAGCCAUCUCGGACAUUGAGGUGGAGAGCCGGCCCCUGCCUGGCCGCACAGAGCUUCGACUGCCCGGCUGCCCCACCCCUGUGUCUUUUGGCCUCCUGGUUUCUGUUGCCUUCCCCGUGGAUGGAGAGCCUGAUGCAGAGGUCGUGGUGGGAACCACGAGGCCAGAGACGCUACCUGGGGACGUGGCCGUGGCGGUUCAUCCUGACGACUCCCGCUACACGCAUCUGCGUGGGCGACAGCUUCGUCACCCCUUGACGGGGCAGCUUCUGCCCCUCAUUACAGACUCUGCUGUCCAGCCCCAUGUGGGCACAGGGGCAGUGAAGGUGACUCCAGCUCACAGUCCUGCCGAUGCUGAGAUGGGGGCCCGACACGGCUUGAGCCCCCGGAAUGUCAUUGCGGAGGAUGGGACCAUGACCUCCCUCUGCGGGGACUGGCUGCAGGGCCUUCACCGAUUCGUGGCCCGGGAGAAGAUAAUGUCUGCGCUGAGGGAGCGGGGCCUGUUCCGGGGCCUCCAGAACCACCCCAUGGUACUGCCCAUCUGCAGCCGUUCCGGGGACGUGGUGGAAUACCUGCUGAAGAGCCAGUGGUCUGUCCGCUGCCGGGAAAUGGGGCAGCGGGCUGCCGAGGCUGUGGAGUCGGGGGCCCUGGAGCUCAGUCCGUCCUUCCACCAGAAGAACUGGCAGCACUGGUUUUCCCACAUCGGGGACUGGUGUGUCUCGCGGCAGCUUUGGUGGGGCCAUCGGAUCCCAGCCUACCUGGUCGUAGAGGAACACGCAGAGGGAGACGGGGAGGACUGUUGGGUGGUCGGGCGGUCGGAGGCUGAGGCCAGAGAGGUCGCAGCAGAACUGACAGGGAGACCAGGGGCAGAGCUGGUCCUGGAGAGGGACCCUGAUGUUCUGGACACAUGGUUCUCUUCGGCCCUGUUCCCCUUUUCUGCCCUGGGCUGGCCCCGAGAGACUCCAGACCUCGCUUGUUUCUACCCCCUGUCACUUUUGGAAACGGGCAGUGACCUCCUGCUGUUCUGGGUGGGCCGCAUGGUCAUGCUGGGGACCCAGCUCACAGGGCAGCUCCCCUUCAGCAAGGUGCUUCUUCAUCCCAUGGUUCGGGACAGGCAGGGCCGGAAGAUGAGCAAGUCCCUGGGGAAUGUGCUGGACCCGCGGGACAUCAUCCGUGGGGCGGGGCUGCAGGUGCUGCAGGAAAAGCUGAGAGGUGGGAACUUGGACCCCGCAGAGCUGGCCAUUGCAGCCGAUGCACAGAAAAAGGACUUUCCUCAUGGGAUCCCCGAGUGUGGGACGGAUGCCCUGAGAUUCACACUCUGCUCCCACGGCGUCCUGGGGGGCGACUUGCACCUGUCUGUCUCUGAGGUUCAGAGCUGCCGACAUUUCUGCAACAAGAUCUGGAAUGCCCUGCGCUUUAUCCUCAGCGUCCUAGGGGAGCGGUUCGAGCCGCUGCCGCCGGCAGAGGAGCUGUCUCCGUCCUCCCCCAUGGACACCUGGAUCCUGAGCCGCCUGGCCCUGGCUGCCCGGGAGUGCGAGCGGGGCUUCCUCGCCCGGGAGCUCUCGCUCGUCACCCACGCCCUGCACCACUUCUGGCGGCACGACCUCUGUGACGUCUACCUGGAGGCUGUGAAGCCCCUGCUGUGGCACUCGCCCCGCCCCCCGGGACCCCCUCAGGUCCUGUUCCUGUGCGCCGACCUCGGCCUCCGCCUCCUCGCCCCACUGAUGCCCUUCCUGGCCGAGGAGCUCUGGCAGAGGCUGCCCCCCCGGCCUGGCUGCCCCUCCACCCCCAGCGUCUCUGUUGCCCCCUACCCCCGAGCACGAAGCCUGGAGCACUGGCGCCAGCCCGAGCUGGAGCGGCGCUUCUCCCAGGUCCAGGAGGCCGUGCGGGCGCUGAGGGCUCUCCGAGCCAUGUACCAACUCACCAAGGCCCGGCCCCGAGUGCUGCUGCAGAGCUCCGAGCCUGGGGAGCAGGACCUCUUCGAGGCUUUCCUUGAGCCCCUGGGCACCCUGAGCCACUGUGGGGCCGUGGGCCUCUUGCCCCCGGGCGCAGCAGCUCCCUCUGGCUGGGCCCAGUCUCCGCUAAGUGACACAGUUCAGGUCUACAUGGAGCUGCAGGGCCUGGUGGAGCCCCAGACCCUUCUGUCUCUGCUAGCCACCCGCAGGCACAAGUUGCAGAAGCAGCUGGAUGGCCUCGUAGCCAGGACCCCACCCGAAGGGGAGGCAGAGACUCAGACGCAGCAAAAGCUUUAUUCCCUCCAGUCGGAGCUGUCGAAACUGGACGGGGCGGCCUCGCACCUCCGGCAGCUGAUGGAUGAGUCUCCAGCCCCAGGGGGCUCCGAGCGCUAACUGGCUGGCUAACUCUCUGUCCCUGAGGACAGCCGUCGGGGUGCGGUGGGACAUGAGAGACUGCGUGGUCCACUGCCUUCAUUUCGUAAAUGAGGAAACAGACCGGCUCGGUCGCAGUGACUGUGGGCUCCCUGGGGGGCUCACGUUACUGCCUGGCCUCCCUCCUGUGCAGUCCCACCGAGUUUGGGAAUGAGGAGAUCCAGAUAAACUUUCAAAAUCCCAAA